UUGGAGAGGGUGUCUCGAUCUGGACAGCGGGCGGCCGGGGCGGGCCAGAACCCACAAGGAGGGCCUGAGGCAACCGAGCCGCCGUGACGGGCACGCGAGCGUCUUGGCCCCGACUGAGUAGUUGCGGGAGUUGCGAGGGGAGGGGUCGCGGGCGCCAUUGCUGCUCGUCAGAGCGCCUCCGAGCCGCCGUCAACCCUUGGCUGCUCUCCCCGGUCUGGGAAGAGCAGUUGCCAGUCCCCGGCCGGGUCUCGUGAGUCGGGUGCCCCCGCCGCCGCCCACGCCGAGACCAUGUUUGACAAGACGCGGCUGCCGUACGUGGCCCUCGAUGUGCUCUGCGUGUUGCUGGCUUCCAUGCCUAUGGCUGUUCUAAAUUUGGGCCAAAUAUAUCCAUUUCAGAGAGGCUUUUUCUGUAAAGACAACAGCAUCCAGUACCCGUACCAUGACAGUACCGUCACAAUCCACUGUCCUCAGCACAGUGGGGCUUGGUUUACCCAUUUUCCUCUCUGGAUUGCCUUUUGCAAUUCUUACUUCAAGGCAUACCCCCUUCCAACGAGGAUUAUUCUGUAAUGAUGAGUCCAUCAAGUACCCUUACAAAGAAGACACCAUACCUUAUCCAUUAUUAGGUGGAAUAAUCAUUCCAUUCAGUAUUAUCGUUAUGAUUGUUGGAGAAACCCUGUCUGUUUACUUUAACCUCUUGCACUCGAAUUCCUUUAUCAGGAAUAACUACAUAGCCACUAUUUACAAAGCCAUUGGAACAUUUUUAUUUGGUGCAGCUGCUAGUCAGUCCCUGACUGACAUUGCCAAGUAUUCAAUAGGCAGGCUGCGGCCUCACUUCUUGGAUGUUUGUGACCCAGACUGGUCAAAAAUCAACUGCAGUGAUGGUUACAUUGAAAACUACAUAUGUCGAGGGAAUGCACAAAAAGUGAAGGAGGGCAGAUUAUCCUUCUACUCAGGCCACUCUUCAUUCUCCAUGUACUGCAUGCUGUUCGUGGCACUUUAUCUUCAAGCCAGGAUGAAGGGGGACUGGGCAAGACUCUUACGCCCCACACUGCAAUUUGGUCUUGUUGCUGUAUCCAUUUACGUGGGCCUUUCUCGAGUUUCUGAUUACAAACACCACUGGAGUGAUGUGUUGACUGGACUCAUUCAAGGAGCUCUGGUUGCAAUUGUAGUUGCUGUAUAUGUAUCAGAUUUCUUCAAGGAGAGAAAUUCUCCUUUUAAAGAAAGGAAAGAAGAGGACUCUCAUACAACUCUGCACGAAACACCAACGACGGGGAAUCACUAUCGGAACAGUCACCAACCCUGAAUGUGGUGGCAGAGUGCCCAGAUGAAGCUGGCCUGCUUUCUAAAGGAAAAUGAUUGCAACCAGUAAGCAAGAGGAUGCGUCUUUCUUCCCGGUGUACAAGCCUUUAAGGGACUGCUGCUGCUAUACCUCUUGAAUGCCCACUUUACCUGUGUGUAUAUAGUUACAUUUAACACAAUGGUUAUCUAAUAGCUCUAAGUUCAUUAAAAAAAAUUUCAAGCCUUUCACUAAAACAAUGCCCCACUUGUACAUUUUUUAUUAAAAAAUGUAAUGCUUAUGUA